AUGGAGGAAGUUCUAAAGCAGAUUCGAGCUGUGGCGCAAGGUCUGGAGAGCUUGCAGGCUGAACAUGCUCAAAUACUUUCGGGUCUCAAUGAAUCAUUAUCACUUGGUCAAAUAAAUGGAUUGGUCCAAGAAAAAAUAUUCCUCAUUAACAAAUCCAAUGAAAAUAUUGAUCUGGCUCUUGGAGAAGCAAGGGUAAUAAUUGCUCUGUCAAACCAUCUACACUACGUUGAAUCACAAAAACAAAAACUGCGUUCACAAGUCCAACGUCUGAACGAUGAGAAUGCCUGGCUGCGAGAGGAGCUUACAGAAUUUCAACAGAGGUGGCAAACGUGCCAGGAGAGAUGUGCUGCACUGGAGGAAGAGAAGGCACAUCUAAAGUUCCUUGUGGAAGUCAAAAAGUUUGAUGCUGACCUGCAAACAUUGAGCAUUGAGUUAUUUGGCUAA